AUGGAGUUCAAGAGAAGUACCAAUGCAAGUCAGUAUUUGAAAAUUAUUGCAUUGCUUUCAGUUGUCAUCAUGGUUGGCAGUUUGGAUGUAAUUCAACCAAAGGUUAACUGCUAUAGUUCAAUAUACCAGUUUGGAGACUCAUUAGCUGAUACAGGGAACCUACUUAUCUCUGGUCCUGGUGUACUCAGUGCAAUCGCAGAACUUUCUUAUGGAGAGACCUAUUUCAACAAGGCCACAGGCCCCCAAGCAUAUGGGCUGUCAUUUUUGCCUCCAUAUUUAAGAAGACUUGCAGACUACAGCUCUGGUGUGAAUUUUGCUGUUGCUGGUGCCACAGCCUUGAAUGCCUUGUUUUUUCUAGAGAAGGUAAUACCCAUCAUUACAAGUUUCAGCCUAAGCACUCAGAUCCAAUGGUUCAAGGAUUUUAAGAAGAUGUAUUGUUCUGGUACAGAAGAUUGUGAAGGACAUUUUGAAAAUUCAUUAUUUAUCCUUGGAGAGAUUGGUGGAAAUGACUUGAAUUUACCUUUCGGCCUGGGAAUAUCCAUAGACAAAGUCACACCAUUUGUACCUCUGAUCAUCCAAACAAUUAAGACAGCCCUUGAGGUGUUAAUUCAAGAAAAUGCAAAGAAGAUUUUGGUUCCAGGCAAUUUGCCUAUUGGAUGUUCACCAUUCUAUUUAGCAACGCAUCCAAGUAAUGUUCCAUCUGAUUAUGAUGAUAUGGGGUGUCUGGUAAAGUUUAACAAUUUCUCUCAAAGCAAUAUCAAGCUUCUGAGAAUGAUGCUACAAGAUGUGCAGAGAGAUCACCCAGAUGUCUCAAUUGUAUAUGCAGAUUAUUAUUCAGCUGAAAUGAAAAUUUUAAGAAAUCCGCAGAAAUAUGGAUUGCAGAAAAACAAUUUCAGGGUAUGCUGUGGAAAGGGUGGAAAGUAUAAUUACUGCCCACCUUUCAGUUGUAAUGUGUCAGCAAACUUGUGUCCUAACCCUAAAGAAUAUAUCAACUGGGAUGGUAUUCAUCUUACAGAGACUGUUUACAGAGCCAUAAGUCAGAUGUUGAUUAAUGGAGAGAAAACAUCAUUAUUUUCAAAUUCAACCAGAAUUGCAUUCGAAUUAGCCUUGCCACAGCGAAUUCCAUCUGAGCAAGGUGGCAAUUUGGACAUCACAGUGAAUUACACUAUCUUGGCAGCGUUUUCAUCAAAUUUAGACCUGCACAGCAAACUUCAGUUUGUCAAAAGGCAUUUUCGAAGGUUUGAAAUGCAGUUUGGUUGGCAGCUUGUAUAA